AUGUCACGAACUGCCCCUAUUGCCUCGCUUGACGAGAGUGAACCAUCUGCUAGCAAGACUGCUGGACCUGUUUCUUCAAUAUCGUUGAGGCCGCGCUCAAACAGGUAUAUCGCUGAACCUGGGCAGACUCUCAAUCGGGAUAUCACAGCAAUCGAUCAUCAGUCUCAAAACCUAGCUGCAAGUACCAGUAGUUUCGAGGCGGCAAGAAGUUCGCCAGAGAGUAUGACUCGGCAACAUCCGGCGUUGUUUCCUCCUGAGAGCUUGUCUUCGCACAAGAAUGAAAACACAUCACGGCCUUCUACAACGGCCGAAGCCGUACUAGACAUUUGCCUUUGUCAACCUGAUCCAAAAAUUCCGCGACCCCGCAAUGCGUUCAUUUUGUAUCGCCAACAUCAUCAACAAAAUAUAAUUUUGCAACAUAGAGGACUUUCAAAUCCCGAGAUUUCAAAAAUUGCGGGCCAGUUGUGGCAAGCAGAGCCUGAGGAAGUGAAGAACACGUGGAAAGCAUUUGCAGAGGAGGAGAAAGCUCGGCACGCUCAGCAGUAUCCAGAUUACCGUUUUCAACCACGGCACAAGAACAAGAUCGCACCGAGCUCAGUCCAGGGGGAAAAGGCGCGCUGCCCAAAGUGUGGAGGCAGAAGCAUCGUCGCCAAAUCUUUGGCAUUUACCCCGUCACUAUUGCACUCGAAACCGAACGAUUGUAUCACCUACAGUCCGACCCUGCCGGCACCUCAGAACAGCGUUUUCAGCUCUAGUCACAAGCUGCUAGGAGCCACGUCGAAUUCGAUUGCGUCGUCAAAUCAGAGAGAUAGUCAGGUCGGAACAACGGGCAGCCCCAUGGCAAGAAAAUUCUCAGACACUGCAAUCGAAAUAUCCGAUUCAAAGCGUCGUCGUUAUGAGAGCUAUAGGGCAGCAAUACCUGCGAGGCGAUCAGAAGUUACGCACCCGGCUAAUUCCAACGACCAGAACACCUUGUCUAGUAACGUAAUGAAUCUUAUACCUCGAGUGUCUGACAUGAAACGAGCAUCAUUGCCAACUUCUCCGGAAGCUAAGAUGUCUGCCCGUCAUAUCUCCACGUGUCAUUCGACAGCCUCAUCACCGCCUCUCACGCCACACACAACUGGUCCUAUCACAGGACUUCCUGCUUCAAUGUUGCCGAGCGGAUCUGGUAGAAAUGGGCUGCAUUCCUAUCCCGUAACGCCCAUUACAGUACACAACCAUCUUUCACCACGUCCACUCUCGCCGCAAGCGUACCAUAAUUCAGAGUCUUUGCGGCUGGCUCCACUUCUGUCUCCUGCUGCUGGAGAGCAUAGACGCAGCAUAGAAGCGAUGAUAAUGAGCAUACCCGUCAUUGGGAAGCUUGGGCAACUUCGUCGCAUCGCCCCACCUAUCAAAGAACCUUCGCUUGGAUCACCGCCUUAUCGUAUUCGUGGGUCUAUCAUUGCAAUCGAGGGCGAUGAGACUUGUGCUGCUGAGGCUAUGCUGGAGCAACUUGAGAUAGCCUUAAGGCGUAAUGACGAGUUCGACAUUCGGACUCUUCCAGGUCCGCGAGCUCCUGGAGAACACUGCAAGCUGAAGGACUAUAUAGACGUAGUAUCUGUGUGGCAUGACGAGACGAAGAAGAUUACUGACUUCAUCACGGGUGUCGAUUACACCCGGGUUGAAGAAAUUCGAGUCAAAGACUCUGUAUCCGAUUUCUCUUCGAUGCGUGAGCAGUCGAAUCUGAGCAGCGCAGAUAAGUUGGCAAACAGGCACAUAGGCGAUGGCGGUCUUUCCGCAGACGCACGCGGAGAUUUCUACAAUGCACCUUUUGAAAGACAUUCUUGUGAUCAUCAUUCCGAGGAGAAAACGGAGGCGGUUGCGAAGACGGAGUGUGAAGCUCGUCGCCGAUCCGAUGUAGAGCGACUAGCAUCGAAGAUCCCACUGUUGCUGAUAGGCAAUUACAUACUUCACGGAUCGAACGCGUGGUCGACCGCACUGCCUAUCAACGACGUCUACAGCCCAGCGGACCAUUGGGCAUGGACUGCGACGCUGUGGCGUGGUGUCGUCGGUGCCGAUUUAACCGUAUACGUCCGAACCACGGACAAAGAGCGGGAUGAACCGAUGAGUGCUAAUGGUGCAAGAACGCAUGCAGCGGAGAAGAAGGUCGAGAUCAAGGACGACGUCGGUGCCAUUCUGGUCAGGCGCGAGUACGGCAAAGUAGAUGAUGGUGCGGUUCGAAGGGUGGCUUUUGAGAUCGGAGAGCUAGUUCGCAUGCAAGCCGGGAAGCAGUCCUAGUUGCCAUGAGGCUGGAAGAUCAUCCCAUGCUCGUUGUUUGCAUUCAGUCCACAACGCUAGUAGCGCUGCUUUCAAGCGUUCUAGUUGGACUGCACUUGUGUAUGGGCACUUGAAGUUACCUUAAGCUACAUCAUAACAGAUGUGUGAAAUGACGAAAAUAAGCGUGCUACUAGAUGGUGGACUAUGUAUGCUCGGGUAAAAGGUAAUGCUGGUAACUGAUGGAUAUGGCUAUAUUCAAGUGUGUGUGCGUAGAG